UGGAGCGAAGGAAUAAAAACUUUCCCGCCUUGCGGAACGGCUUUGCCCUUCCCGCAUUUCUCUGGAGCCUUCUCCCACACUCUUAAGCUUAGAGGAUCCAUGUCUAAGAAAAGAGGCCUUUCUCUGGAAGAGAAGCGCGAGAAGAUGCUUCAGAUCUUUUACGAUUCUCAAGACUUUUUCCUUCUUAAGGAGCUUGAAAAAUUGGGUCCCAGGAAAGGUGUGAUUUCUCAGUCAGUGAAAGACGUUGUGCAAAGUUUAGUGGACGAUGACCUGGUUUCAAAAGAGAAGAUUGGAACUUCAGUCUAUUUUUGGAGUUUACCAAGCUGUGCUGGUAAUCAGCUGCGGAAUGUGUAUCGUAAACUUGAAUCUGAUCUCCAAACCAGUAAGAAUAGACUGGAAGAACUUACUGAGCAGAGUAAUGCAUUAAAGAAGGGAAGAGAGGAAUCUGAAGAACGAGAGGAAGCCCUAGCUCAAUUAAAAGCCAUUGAACUGAAGCAUAAAGAGCUAAAGGAUGAGAUGGUACAAUAUGCAGAUAAUGAUCCAGCAGCCUUUGAAGCAAUGAAAAAUGCAAUUGAAGAUGCUCAUGCUGCAGCCAACCGAUGGACAGACAACAUUUUCACUUUGCGACAAUGGUGUUCAAACAACUUUCCACAGGCGAAAGAACAACUAGAGAACCUGUAUAAAGAGGUUGGCAUCACGGAUGAUUUUGAUUAUUUGGAGUUGUCACCAGCUCCUCUGAGCUCAGUUGUCGAUUAAAGUGGGCAGAAGCUUCAAGCUGAUUUAACCGCAUGUUUUAUGUCUCAAUGAUUCCGAGGCAACAGUAUCAUAGAUCAUGGGCUACAGUUUGACUGAAAUUCACCCCAUAUAUAUAUAGAGCACUGUUCGUUAGUUAUACGUGGUAAAUAAGAAACAUGUCAAUUCUUAGAUUAAAUCUAGGUCCGUUUCCAGAACACCGAGACGUUUGCGAUGUUAUGUUGCGUUCAUGGCUCAUGAAUCUGUAAUGUCUUCUUAGGCGCUAUAAGCAUGUGAUCAAUAAACAUUUUUAGGCAUUGGAAUGUGUUCUUAUGCA